AUGGGAGAACUACUCCAUGGAGAAGAAAGCAAAAGCAGAAUCAGACGCGGAAUUCAUACUGUGAAGGAUGGAUUCCUGCUCCUGGAUGUUGAUCGGCACUUCUCCAAGCUCAAACUGGCCUCCAAUGGUGUUGAAGAUCAAGCUAGGGCACUUGGAGACUCUUGUUCGUCGCUUUCUCUCUCUAGGAAUCGCUCUCUCUCUCAAAAACUCGAAUCCCCUUCUCUUUGGCUGAAAAUCUGCUUAAAAAGGCAUCAGAGGCCAAAGCACGGUCGAGGGCACGGCCGUGCUUUGCCUCAGCCCGCCCGUGCUUUGGCUAGUGUUAAUUACACGUCCAGUGCAAUGGGGGAAACACGGCCGUGUUUCGCGGUGGGCACGACCGUGCUUUGCCUGAACACAGCCGUGCUUUCAGCCCGUGUUUGCAGCUGA